AUGGGUUUCAUCACCAAAGCCAUUCCUAUCGUCCUGGCGGCGUUGUCCACUGUCAAUGGUGCUAGAAUCCUUGAGGCCGGUCCUCAUGCCGAGGCCAUCCCAAACAAGUACAUUGUUGUCAUGAAGAGGGAGGUUUCCGACGAAGCUUUCAACGCUCAUACAACUUGGCUUAGCCAAAGCCUCAACAGCCGUAUAAUGCGCCGUGCCGGCAGCUCCAAGCCCAUGGCCGGAAUGCAAGACAAGUACUCCCUUGGAGGUAUCUUCAGGGCCUACUCUGGCGAGUUCGAUGACGCGAUGAUCAAAGAUAUUUCCAGCCACGAUGAUGUCGACUUCAUUGAGCCCGACUUUGUUGUGAGGACCACCACUAACGGCACUAACCUCACCCAUCAGGACAACGUUCCCUCUUGGGGACUUGCCCGCGUUGGCUCCAAGAAGCCUGGUGGCACAACCUACUACUAUGAUCCUUCCGCUGGCAAGGGUGUUACAGCCUAUAUCAUCGAUACUGGUAUCGAUAUCGAUCAUGAAGAUUUUCAAGGUCGUGCUAAGUGGGGUGAGAACUUUGUUGAUCAGCAGAAUACGGACUGCAAUGGCCAUGGAACCCAUGUUGCUGGAACUGUUGGUGGAACGAAAUACGGUCUGGCUAAGGGUGUCAGCCUCGUUGCUGUCAAGGUUCUUGACUGUGACGGCUCCGGAUCCAACUCUGGUGUCAUCAAGGGUAUGGAAUGGGCCAUGAGGCAGGCUUCUGGUGGUGGCAAUGGCACCGCUAAGGCUGCUGGAAAGUCUGUCAUGAACAUGUCCCUUGGUGGACCUCGCUCUGAGGCCUCCAACCAGGCUGCUAAGGCCAUUUCUGAUGCUGGUAUUUUCAUGGCUGUCGCUGCUGGUAACGAAAACAUGGAUGCCCAGCACUCUUCUCCUGCCUCUGAGCCAUCCGUCUGCACUGUCGCUGCCUCCACUAAAGAUGAUGGCAAGGCUGACUUCUCCAACUAUGGCGCUGUCGUCGACGUCUAUGCCCCAGGAAAGGAUAUCACCUCCCUUAAGCCAGGCGGCAGCACUGACACUCUCUCUGGUACUUCCAUGGCUUCUCCUCACGUUUGCGGUCUUGGUGCCUAUCUCAUCGGAUUGGGCAAGCAAGGCGGCCCUGGUCUCUGUGACACCAUCAAGAAGAUGGCCAAUGAUGUUAUCCAGAGCCCUGGUGAGGGCACCACCGGCAAGCUUAUCUACAACGGCAGCGGCAAAUAA